CUGUUAUUCACAACCUGCAUUAAUCCUAAACACCACCUCCUAAUUUUAUCCCUAAAACCACUGAGCCCUUUAUCAAGGAACAGUGAAUCUCGAUUGCAUCAAAGUUAAUUAACAACAUGUCAGAAGAAGAACGAGAACUUCUGGCUCGUAUCAGUCAAGUCGCGGGCCAGAUCAACCGACACAAGAAUCAGCAAGCGGGCUCUCGAGGAUCUCCAAGCCAUCAUCCUGCUCAUCAUCGUCAAAACUCCUAUCGACAUGCGAGUUCACCGUACCCAGCUCGUCAUAAUAGAAUCGGCCGUCACCCUGCAGCGCAUCACCACCGAACCCUUCACUUGACUGGCGACAACUCGACUGCUUCUCGGUCUGCCAGUAGUGGUGCUGAUACACCUCCUGGCUGGGUAUCCAGAACCGAUCGCCACCGUCAACUUAUCAACGCCAACGUUUACGAGAAAGAAACCCAAAACCGAGCCAAGGCGAUUGAACAAACACGCCAGAGAAAGAUCAGCGGACGCCGGCAGCGCGAGAAGGCUCAGUUCAACGAGUUCCUGAAGCAUCAAGCUACCGCUUCAAGCGCGCAGACUAACCCCGCAGACCGCAACGUGCUCACCAUCGAAGGUGUCCAAUUCCGCGUUAUGGACGGUGGCAAGAAGCUUGUCAAGAUUCCUGAUGCCCCCAACUCAUUCUCUCGAACUCCGAAAUUCGCUACCGUUGCUGGGGUCAAGUUUUAUCGAACAAAGACAGGAAACCUCGUAGCCAAUAGAUUCGUUAACGACCAGCGGCGAACCGGCGCGGUCAAGAAGAUUAACCAACUCUGUAAAAUCUUCUCAACGACUGGUUCAUGCACCAAAGGCCCUCGGUGCCGUUACAUUCACGAUCCGAACAAAGUGGCCCUCUGUAAAGAUAUAUUGAAAGAUGGGCAAUGUGUCAACGGCGAGUCUUGUGACCUCUCCCAUGACAUGACUCCUGAGCGCACCCCCAACUGUUUGCAUUUUGCCAAAGGCCAUUGUGCCAAGGCUGACUGUCCUUAUACUCACUCCAAAGCCUCCCCAGCUGCCCCAGUUUGUCGCAAUUUUGGUUUCAACGGGUACUGCGAGAUGGGGGCAGAGUGUACUGACCGCCACGUUUUUGAGUGCCCUGACUUUAGCAAUACCGGCCGCUGUAAGGUCAAGGGAUGUAAGCUCCCACACCGUGAGAGGGCAAGCGUCCUUCGAAACAGAACCAAUGCCGCCGGCGAGCCUCUUGGAGACAUUUCAAGUGAUGACGAAGCUGCUGAUUCCGACGAUGUUGAUUCAGAUGAAGUUGCCGAGUUUAUUGAUGCAGACUCGGACCUUUCCGAUUUUGAAGAACAGAAGGACUUCCUAUCGAUCUAGAUCAUUCCAUCGUGUCUGUUUCUAGCAAGUAGAAGCAGGACACGGAUUCCAACACGUUGCUCUUUCCUGGCGUCUGGAGAAUGGGAUGGGAUGCUGGUAAAUGAUUUCAAGAUACCCGUGACUUAUCGGCGUCCAUAAGGGUUUUGGCCAUGAUAUGCCACCAGCAUAUCACGAAACAAAGGAAAAGAAACAAAAGAUGAGCAAAAGUAUGCGGUUAAAAAGACGAACACCUCUGUGUCCAAAAAGAACACCGAAGAUAGAUAUGUAUUGAAUGAAAGAUUAUUGUACUGUGUAAGACUAUGAGCCAGUAUCGGUGAUUACUUAGAUGAUUACAAUGGGUUGAAGA